AGGAACCGGAAACAGUAGUCGUCGACAGCGGCGUUGAGAAACACACUUGACGUUCUGCUGAAGACAACUAGGCGAUUUCUGGCAUAUUGGUGAACCAGAAAUAAGGUACAGAAAGCGCCACAGGACAUUGAUGUCAUACUGUGGGAACCAGAACGGCGGCCGCCGCAGCAAAUGGGACCAGCCAGGUCCUGGGUGUGGUGGGAUGGCCGAGGCGGAGGCCGCCCCCACUGGGGCUUUGGAUGCUGCUGCUGCUGUGGCAGCUAAGAUUAAUGCCAUGUUGGUUGCUAAAGGUAAACUCAAGCCUUCUCAGAUCUGCACCACAGGACCAACAGAGAAGUUAAUGGGUGUUGGGAAGCCUCCGGUUCCUGCUAAAGCCAAAGAUGACCUGGUGGUUGCAGAAGUUGAGAUCAAUGACGUCCCGAUAACCUGUCGGAAUCUUCUGACACGUGGACAAACACAAGACGAGAUCAGUAAAGUGAGUGGCGCAGCUGUCUCAACAAGAGGUCGUUACAUGACUGCGGAGGAGAAGGGGAAAUCUCUACCAGGGGAUCGGCCUUUGUACUUGCAUGUUCAAGGACAAACACGGGAACUUGUUGACAGAGCGGUUAAUAAAAUCAAGGAGAUAAUCACAAAUGGCGUUGUUAAAGCAGCCACAGCUUCAUCAACAUCUUCGUCUUUGACCUCAAGUGGGGCGGCUGUCACCGUUUACCAGCAACACAACCAACCUCCGCCCUCACUGCCUCCCAUGACCCACCACAAACCACACUUUCAGUCUGGGAUGCAUUAUGUCCAAGACAAGCUGUUUGUGGGUCUGGAACAUGCCAUCCCAGGCUUUGUGGUGAAAGAGCGAGUUGAGGGUCCUGCCUGCUCAUACUUGCAGCAUAUCCAGGCUGAAACUGGAGCCAAAGUUUUCCUCCGAGGGAAAGGAUCGGGUUGUUUGGAGCCUGCGUCUGGGCGAGAGGCCUUUGAACCCAUGUACAUCUAUAUCAGUCAUCCUAAACCUGAAGGUCUUGCAGCCGCUAAAACCUUGUGUGAGAACCUACUUCAAACAGUCCAUGCAGAAUAUUCUCGCUUCCUCAGCCAGAUGAGCACGAUGAUGCCAACACAACAAGGCUUUGCACAGCCUCCUGUGGUGAACGGGAUGCCCCCUCAGCCGCCAUAUUAUCCCCCGGCCAGUUACCCACCAGGCUACCCCAUGCCAGUAGCUCAGCCUCAUCCUCAUCCUCAACCACAACCUCAACCACUACCUGUUCCCCCACCAUACUCAGUACCUCCUCCUUUACCGCCAGCUGUCCCGCCAGCUACUCUUCCUCAGUUCCCACCCCCUCCAGCUCCAGCUCCAGCACCACCACCUGCUCCAGUUCCUGUGCCAAGUCCUGCUCCCGUUCCUCAGACUCUUCCUCCUGUGCCGUUCGUUUCUUCAGUUGUAGCUCCUCCCAAAGCUCCUCCACCUCCUGCUGUGCCAGUAAGCGCACCCCAAAAGCGUCGCUUUACAGAGGAAGUGCCGGACGAGAGGGACAGUGGGCUGCUGGGAUAUCAGCAUGGACCCAUUCAUAUGACUAAUUUAGGUGCAGGCUUCUCAGUGGGCAGCCCGGAGACAAGUAGACCCCCACCACAGAGUUCCUCUGGCCUGCAGAGUGAGAGGAACAGGUACAGCAAAGCCUUCCCAUCACCAUCAAUUGACAUCGGACUGUGGCAUGUAGAUGACAUUGCUGUGUUCCCUAGUCGGCAGCUGAUGCCUCCACCUGUGAUGUCGGUGAACGGGGUGAGACCCAAGAUCCCAGAAGACAGGAGGGCAGCGCAAGGCUCUGUGGAGCCUGCAGUGAAGCGUGUGAAAACAGGUUUGGUAGCAUACAGCGGGGAUUCGUCUGAUGAAGAGGAAGACCACUCCAGCUCUAAAGCCCCAGGGCCAGGUAACCCUGUGGUAGCCCCCCCUACAUCCACGACCUCAGGCUGGACACCGGGGUAUCGCUGUCCCCCUCCCACAGCUCUUCGUCCAAAAUCACAGCCGCCGCCGCAGCAGCAACAGCAGCAGCCACCGCCGAUGCCGUUCUGGAUGGCACCAUGAGCGGUUGCUCUCAAUCAGAGCCUGAACUGACGACAUGCAUCAACACUAUGUUCCAGGUUUGAUCCUGAGCUUCUUUUUUUGGCCGUCAUUUUAAAACUCAUGGAAAGGACUUCUCAUAAAACACUUCCAAGUUAUCAGGAGAGCGGUUUGAAAAGACAGGGCCUGGGGUGGAUGUUGUGCAGCAUUUACUUUGGAUUUAAAGUCAUACUGAACUUCUUUACUAUUUCAGCUCCACUCGUACACCACUGGUCUUUUUGUACACAUUUGACUUGUGUGUAGUCAGAGCAACUUUCAUGAAAUAAACACAAAUUUGUUUCUGUCAACUCCAUUCUUUAUAAUUGGGGAAAAAUGCUCAGUAACCCACUGCAAAGUCUUUUGCAAGAUUUUAGCGUGAGGGUGUUGAAAUCAUUUUCAUGUCUGUUUCUCUGGGUGUGUGCUUUCUGUUGUGCUCAGCGAUGCGACUCUCCAUUGUUGGUCUGAAAUGCCUGAUGAGUCCCUGAGAAUUAAGGAGAAGGUUUAAACCAGGAGUUAAAACAAGUUUGGCAUGACCAUUGGCAAACCAGCAGGCUGUCACUAUCAACAGCACUGAUGGUACCUGCACAGGCCAGGCGGCUCCGUCCCCCAGGGCACAGAUGGAGUGGCCCUCGAUCUGCUUGCUCAGCUCCCAGAUCAUAUCUAUCUCUGACAGAGCGGCGUCUCCUUUCACAAACCUCCACAUCAUGCUGUCCAUCCAGUGUACUCCUUCAGAAACACAAGGCCUUACGUUUCUCUGUAGUGUGAAACUCAUUGCUGCAGUUCCUCACCUUCCCUGCAGGGGGUACACUGUCCGCAGCUCUCGUGCUUGUAGAACUCAACUAAACGAGCAAUGGCGCGAAUCACAUCAGUCUGCAGUUAAAUAGAUUUAAGUUUAUGAGACUUCAUCAUGGGUUUAACUGGGCAGGAAGCUGUUUACCGAUUUAUCCAUGACUAUGACGGCAGCGGUGCCUAGGGCUGUUUCUGCACGCACCAAGUCAUCAAAAUCCAUCAAUACAUCAUCACACACAUGCCGAGGGAUGAUCGGAGUAGAGGAGCCCCCUGGGAUCACUCCUAAAAGAUUUUCCCAGCCGCCCCUGACACCCCCUGAACCAAUCACAGGAGAGAAGGGGGACGUCAUGAGCUCAUGAAUAAGGCAACAGGCAGAAUGUAACGUGCCUCUACCUGCGUGUCUCUCGAUGAGCUCCCUCAGGGGGAUCGACAUCUCCUCCUCAACUGUGCACGGCGUGUUCACAUGA